AUGAACUCCGAAACUUUGCUAGAAAGCAAGGAGAGCGCGACAGGUGGUACUGUCGACUCCUCCCGGAACAAUCAGCACCCACCGCUGUGGUUAGCCGCAAAGAAUGGGAAGGAGGAUGAAGUCGCGGAGUUAUUGUUCAGUACGAGUAAAUGGCGCAAAACCAUGAAAGAUCCAGAUGGCAGAACUGCGCUGUGGUGGGCCGUAUCGACCGGACAAGCACGAAUAGCAAGAUUGCUGAUUGCGACGGGGGAGUUCGACAUAAACGAAAUACCUGAUCAUCAUCAUGGGCUAUUGCAUCAAGCUGUACGAUCCAAUUACAUCGCUGUAACUAAAGCCCUGCUCGAUCACGGUGCCAUAGACGUCAACAUCAAAGACACCUCGGGUUUCGAUAACCCGAACAAGCAGACACCGCUACAUCUGGCCACGGAUCGAGGCCGGAAAGAGAUUGUGAAAUUACUACUUUCACAUCCUAAAAUUGGUGUGAAUUCUCGAGACGAAAAUGGCGAAACUCCACUCCAUACAGCUGCGAGGAAGACUCGUAUGGAGAUACUAUUACCAUUGCUUCGACAUCCUGGCAUCAAUGUGAAUUCUCGAGACGCGAGCGGCGGAACUCUACUACACGCCUCUGCAACUGAGGGCUACAUGGAGAUAACAAUGCUAUUACUUGAACGCCCUGACGUCGAUGUAAAUUCUCGAAAUGUAGUCGGUGACACUCCACUACAUAAAGCUGCGAGCAAGGGUCAUAUGAAGAUACUCGUGCUAUUGCUUGCACAAGCCGACAUAGAUUGGGCCCCACGCAAUGGGUACGGUUCAACCCCACUUUACCUGGCCGCGAAACAUGGGCAUGAAGAAUUGGUAGAUGCGUUACUAGAUACACCAAAUUCGGAGGCCAUGUUAGAUAUUGGUCAAGACGAGUACGGUCGCUCACCACUACAUGCAGCUGCAGAGAAUGGCCACAGGGGUGUUGUGAAGCUAUUACUUGCACGUAAUGGCACUGGUCCAGGCUUGCGAAACUUGUGUGGUGAAACUCCACUGCAUCUGGCUGCGGGAAGAGGGUAUAAAGGUGUGGUGGACGAACUGCUGGCUACUUCUGACUCGAAAGACAUGGUGAAUCUCCAAGACAAGGAAGGUGAAACGCCACUGCAUAGAGCUGCGCUUGGUGGAUAUGAAGACUGUGUCAUUACGCUUAUGGAUCGUGCAGAUGUGAAUGUACAAGACCAAGAGCUCCGCACUCCUCUACAUAGAGCCGUGCGGGAAGAACAUCGCUGGGUGGUGAAGCACCUGCUCAAAAAGCCUGGAAUUCUUAUACAUGUGUCAGACAAGAAUGGAUGUACGCCGCUGCACUUAGCCCUGCGCAUGGGACACGAAAGUGUUGCAAGGCAACUUCUAGAAGGUUCUGGCUUCGGCAAGAACCCAAAGGAUACAUACAGCAGAGCUCUCUUCUCUUGUGCCACUCAAACAGGCAACGCGCCGAUGCUAAAAUUGUUGCUGGAAAGUCUCGAACCCAAUGAUAUUGCGGAUAUCAACGCCCUAGACGAAAACGGACAAACAUUGCUGUGGUCAGCUGUAAAACGCCAAGAUAUCGAUGUGAUGGAAUUGCUCCUUACAAAGGAUGAGGUGACCCUGCAUUUGCUAGUUCAGAGAGGGGAAUGGUUCUUAGUGAGAGUCUUGUUAAAGGCUGGCUACAACGUCGAUAUCAGAGACAACCUCGGUCGCUCGGCCCUGCAUAUCGCAACGAUACUUGGUCACUUCGAUAUAGCGAAGAGCCUCGUAUCCUUUGGAGCGAGUGUCGACUGCAAAGAUGGGCGAGGCAACACAGCAUUACGUCUAGCAAUACAACGAAAGCGAUGCAAUUUUAUCGACAUGCUUCUUGAGAAUUCUGCAGACAUAACGGGAAUCAGAAAACGUGAGUGGCUUGAUGCGUAUGGUCAAGAAGUACCAGAUGCUGUAUAUCUGGUGGAAGAGCUGAGUGGAGAGAAGACUAUACGUUCCAUCAAAGCAGCGGUGAUUCCAGAUAUCAUCAGGCAGAUGCAUAACGCACUAAAGACAGAGCGUCGUCUCAUGUAA